AUGGCUUUUGCACAAUCGCACAUUAUGACAGCUAGAAGGCAUCAACACAGUCGACUCAUAAUUGAAGUUGAUGAGUACAGCUCAAACCCAACACAAGCAUUCACGUUCUACAACAUUAACCAGGGACGUUUCCAGCCCCCACAUGUGCAAAUGGUGGAUCCUGUUCCACAUGAUGCUCCCAAGCCUCCAGGAUACACACGUUUUGUUUGUGUAUCUGAUACCCACUCCAGAACAGAUCCAAUCCAAAUGCCAUAUGGUGAUGUUUUAAUACAUGCUGGUGAUUUCACUGAACUGGGACUUCCUAGUGAAGUUAAAAAAUUCAAUGAGUGGUUAGGCAGUUUACCAUAUGAAUACAAGAUUGUGAUAGCAGGCAACCAUGAACUGACAUUUGACCAAGAGUUCAUGGCAGAUUUAAUCAAGCAGGACUUCUACUAUUUCCCCUCAGUAUCCAAACUGAAGCCGGAAAGCUACGAAAAUGUACAAUCUCUCUUAACAAACUGCAUAUACCUGCAAGAUUCAGAAGUGACGGUGAGGGGCUUCAGGAUAUAUGGCUCCCCUUGGCAACCUUGGUUUUAUGGCUGGGGCUUUAAUCUUCCACGAGGCCAAGCACUGUUAGAGAAAUGGAACCUAAUUCCAGAUGGAAUAGAUAUUCUUAUAACACACGGACCACCUCUUGGUUUUCUAGAUUGGGUCCCCAAGAAAAUGCAAAGAGUGGGGUGUGUUGAAUUGCUGAAUACAGUCCAGAGACGAAUACAACCACGCCUUCAUGUUUUUGGACACAUCCAUGAAGGUUAUGGAGUUAUGGCUGAUGGAACUACUACCUAUGUGAAUGCUUCUGUGUGUACUGUGAAUUACCAGCCACUGAAUCCACCUAUAGUUAUCGACUUGCCUACUCCAAGGAACACAUGA